AUGUCGCGCGAAGUUGUUAAACCUACCUUUCGUUCACGUGUUCGGACUUACUUCACUGUCAUCGGUGGCAUCUACGUUGCCCUAUUACUGCUCUUGACUAUCCCUUGGAUCCAGUCACAUGCAGUAUUCAUGAAUGUUGUCAAGCUCCCCCUCUUCGCACAGUACGAUAAUCCCGAGAAUUACGGGAUGGCACCUGGCAAGGUGGCCAAUAUCAAGAUAGUUACCCCAGAUAAUCAUACACUCGGUGCAUGGUUUAUUCUCUCUGAUAACAUCUACCAGUCUAUGCCUUUCCCCCCGCCGCCCAACGCGGCAGAAAAUGCUCUACAUGAAGCACUGGCUUCACAGCCUACCAUUCUCUUCCUCCACGGAAACACUGCCACGCGCGCUUUCUACGUGCGCGUUCGUCAAUACUCCGGUUUCUCAUCUCGCGUGCGCGCCAAUGUACUCGCGAUAGAUUAUCGGGGUUUUGGUGAUAGCGAAGGUACGCCCAGCGAAACUGGUCUGAUGACCGACAGCCGUGCUGCGUGGGACUGGCUCAUUACCAACGGCGCAAAUCCAAAAGACAUCGUUAUCAUCGGCCACAGCCUUGGCACAGCAGUUGCCUCAAAGCUCUCAGUCUCCUUGGCCGAGGAUGGCACCCAAUUCAGAGGGUUAGCCCUUUUAUCCCCCUUCUCAUCUCUGCAUGCUGUUGUGGAUACUUACUGCGUGUUCGGGUUCCUCCCCGUCAUGCUGCCUUUGACCAUGGUACCUGGUGCGGCUGAACUUUUUAAGUCCUCCCUUCGCCACGAGUUCAAUACCUUGUCCAUCAUCUCGAGGGUCAAAGUGCCCUUGCUCAUACUCCACUCGGAAAAUGACUGGGACAUUCCCCAUUGGCAUUCCGACGCACUCUUUGAUUCCCUGUUAGAGCCGUACCUAACUCCCCUUGCCGCCCUUCCUCACAACGUCACCUUGUGGUCGAAUGAGGAGUGGAGUGAGUACGAAGGGCAGAUGACAUUGCGGGAUAGGGAGCGCGAGUCGUUGGUCACUCGAACCCAUAUACACAAUUUCGGUGUUAUGCACGAGUUCGAGAGCUCAGGGAAGAAAAUUGUAUUAGUAAAGGCUCUCACUGGGUGGCAUGAGCCCGGGACGAUUGAGGGUGUACAGGAUAUGAUACGUCAUGUAUUCUCCCUUGCAUGA